AUGGACAAUUUCUUCUUCAUUAUUCGACUGGCCGUGGCUCUAUUGGUUGGCUGCGCCUGCACAGCGCCUCUGCAAGCCCAGAGACCGGGCCAGAUCGACCCUUUAACCCUGAACCGGGUCGAUCCUCAGUGCUGGGACUCGUCCGCUGUCCUGGUCUUAGAAAUGCGCACUCCGAGGAUCGCAGAUAACGUUCCAGCCUUUUGGGAACUCAUGGUCUUCUUGAAAUCCUCUGAUAAACAAAAACACGGUGAUUUAUUCUGGGACCUCGCACAGAUAUUCUGGGACAUUUACGUGGAUUGUGUUUUAUCCAGAACCCAUGGACUUGGUCGUCGCCAGUUGCCCCGGCCCCAACAGCACAUCACUACACUGCGCUCGCUGUUUACUGACCAGUCCGUCGUCCAAGAUACACGAGCUAACUACUCUAAAUUCCAGAGGUUCAGUCAAGGCUGGCUCAGGAUCAAAAUACAGGGGAUUCAACCUGACCGUUCAUCUAGCAAUCUCGACUAUAUGAAGACAUCCCGGUUAUAGGCUACUCCUCAAAUCAAUAGAUUAGGCAUCUUUAUGUCGUCUGUUUGUCUGUCUGUUUAAUGUUAAAUUAUGUUGGGUUAUGGGUGUCAGUGUGU